GUGGUGUUACUUCUGGGGUGACUAUGGGAGUAUCUACACACUAAAAUGCUGUAUGUAGAAUUUUAGUAAGGUACUUUGAAGAGUCAAGGUUGCAAAAAUCCAGGUGGAGCCGGGAGACUGGCCCAUGAGUGGCCAACUGCCAGUCCAUGUGGGCCCACCUGUCGCCCAGUGGCCACCCGGCUGGUCCGACAUACCCCAAGGGAAAAUUCCUGUCGUCGUCACCGUGAUCUCAUCCAAGUUUUCCCUGCCCCAUCUCCUCUGCCCCAUGAUUUUCCUUCUGUGCUGCUUCUGGGCUCUCGUGUGCUGGGUCUGGCUCUUUGAUUUCACUCUUUUCGAGUCAUUUUUAUCCCUGGAUAACGGGCAAGCAUUCUUUAACCUGUCUCCAAGCAGUUUGCUUAUCAAAUUCCCCUGUUAUCCAACCACCGCUUCUGGUGUGGUUCCGACGGGAUUUCGUCAUUCAUAUUGGUCGAGAGAUAUUGCCGGGGAGUCCACAGCACCACAGGUAAGGGCGAUGAUUUUUGGCUGCUACCAUUACUAUUCAGAUUUGAUUUCUUGUUAUUCGUUCCCCUCCUUGUCUUGGAUUUUUUAGUAUUUUCUUUUUCUUUUUCCCUCUUUUUUAUUAUUAUUUUAUUUUCCCUGCCAUUUUGUUGGUUUCUUCCAUCUCUCCAUAAGUAGCAGAUAAAAUUGGGAGAAUCAGAGAGAUCACAUAUUGAAACAAGGAGAGAAAUAAUAAUAUUGAAUCUUAAAGAACAAUCAGCAGAAAGAAGAAGAAGAGAUUGCUGGGAUAACAUAAAUCGAUUCCAGGUUGCAACCUGGAAGGACA